AUGAGCCACAUAGCCCCGGGCCCCACCCUCGAUGCACACACGCCCAACCCACACACACAGACACCCACAUUGGAUCCCAUCUCUCUCGUCUUCCUCGAUCCCCUUUCUCCACCCCCACGCCGCCGCCAGAUUCUGCCGAUCCCCGCCGUUCCUCACCGCCCAGCUCUCCUCCCUGUGGUCACCUCUCCCCGCUCACCAUCUCCACCGACCGGUUUAUCUCCUCGCCCAGGAGAGCCGCGUGAUGGAGCUGUCGUCUGCAUUCGAGGACCGCGUUCGGACAUCCUCGAGCGCCGCGCCUUGGACCUCACCUCCCGCGCCCUCGCCGCCCGCGCCGACAUCAACGCCACCCAUGCGCGCUGCCUCACCGUCGCCUGCGACAUCAGCUCGACCAACAGCGAGAUCGAGGACGCGCAGUGGAAGGCGAAGGAGUGGGACCGCUUCUACGAGUCGAAGAGGAAGGAGAUGGAGGACUUCCGGGCGAUGUCACAGCAGUUCGAGGCGGGAGCUCAUCAGGAAGUGCGGAGGCUCAAGGCCUUUGUGUCUCAACUUCAGGCAGCCCUGCAGGAGCUGCAGAGCAGCGGGUUGCACUCGGACGAUGCCGGGAUCGGGGCUGCGGAAGCCAGGAAGACCGACCUCAUGGCCAAGAAGGCCAAGCUGGACGAGACCCUGAAUGUAGCCCGCCAGUUCAGAGCACUGCUUCAGCAGCAGCUCCAGAAAGCCUUUGUGUCACAGGUUAGGGAUCAAAAGGCAGCACAAAACUGA